AUGAGUGAAACCAUAACAAAUCCCACUGACUGGGUACAAAUCUAUCAACAUUCCCUCUCACAACAACCUCAAACUUCUCCGCCGUCAACCACCGUCUUCGGCGGCGGCCGACUCUCCGAUGCCACGGUGGUCACCGCCACACCAUCUUCCACUAGUCCUGGUCAUCACAGCCCCCUGAGCCGUGAUUCCAGGCCCAUUAGGAGAAGAUCCAGGGCUUCAAGGCGAACCCCAACAACUGUAUUCAAUACAAACACAACCAAUUUCCGAGACAUGGUUCAACGGUUCACUGGAAGCCACAGUGAACCAUCUCCAUUCGCAGGACUCGAACCCGAGACAUUUGGGUCGAGGAAUACUAAUCUUCAUCAGCAGAUAGUGAAUCCAAGUACUACUCCUAGUGCUUACAGUAUACAGUUUCAGCAGCAAGUACAACAAACUUUGCCCUACACAAAUCUCCCCCCUCACGGUCAUAAUAUUGGCCAUGAAGCUUUUUUUCAUAGACUAGGCAACAGUUCUUCUAGAUCUAAUAUGGAGGUUUCUGAGAAUUUGAUUAUGGAUAAUAGAACUCUGUUUCCUCCUCAACAUCAACGACGAGGACAAGAAUGA